AUGCUGACGAAGCGGUCGUUGACUCAGUUUAUAGCUGCUUUUCAGUCCGCACCUUUACAAAUGUUACCAGCACACGACGUGAUAAUAACUGCGGCCUGUGAGUGUGCAGCUCCUGAUAGCUUAAAGCUGGUGUGGUUAUCCAACACGACGCUUACGUGUAAUGAUGGAUCGCCUGCAGGGUACUAUAUACGACGAGGAACCAACAAUCACCACUGGGUUGUGUACUUGGAAGGUGGCGGCUACUGUUGGGACACGGCUUCCUGUAGUGCGCGAUGGAGACGGAGGCCAGGCCUCAUGUCGUCCUCGCGAUGGCCACGAACGCGACGAGCCCCAGCCUUGCUGUCUGCGGAUCCACAAACAAAUCCCCUCUGGCAUGAAUCUAAUCAUGUCUUGUUGCCCUACUGCUCGAGUGAUAUGUGGACAGGAACGCGUACGAUCCGACGCUCCAACAACAGUUUCGCAUUCGCGGGUAGACUUAUCGUACGUUCCGUGCUUGAUGAACUUCUGCAACUCGGAUUCGCCGGGCGACUUUUACUCGUCGGUUCGAGCGCAGGUGGAACAGGGGUCAUGUUUCAUGCAGACAGUGCAAGGAGAAGUCUUCGAUCUCAUGGCAUUCGUGUUGCAGCUAUUGCAGAUUCUGGUUGGUUUUUGGAUCGACCACAGAAGACUCGACGUGCUUCUUCUGCCGAUAAAAUGGCACGGUUAGGACAUUUAUUGUGGUUGGGAUCGCCACCGACAUCAUGUGUACGAGAAUAUCCCGAAAAGCCAUGGUUGUGUUAUUUUGGAUAUCGGUUAUACCCACACAUUCGAACGCCUCUUUUCGUCUUCCAAUAUCUAUUUGAUUCUGCACAACUUACUGCAGAGGGAGUAAGAGCUCCACGGACUAGAGCACAGUGGGAUGCGGUUCAUGAUACCGGAUCAGCAAUACGAGCGAGUCUUAAAAACGUACGCUCAACAUUUGCUCCCGCAUGUAUCGCUCACGGCGCACUCGCACGGCCGGAAUGGUUGGCAAUUAACGUGUCAGGCGUGUCAUUGCCACGGGCCAUCUCGUGUUGGGAGAGACGAUUUAGUCGCAGUAAUAGAAAAGAACGUGCACGAUGUGCACCAAGAAGACUUGUGGAACGUUGCACUUGGCCCCAGUGCAAUGGUUCAUGUCCUCGGUUGCGUGAUCCUCGGACUGGCGAGGAGGUGGCGCUGGCUGCGCUGUUACAGAGUUUCGGGCUCGACGUUCGCGGCGCAGCCGCUGCGAUGGGUCUCGAUGCCCGCGCCUUGUCCCGCAUGAGUCGCGCAGAACUGUUGCCGUUGCUGGCUCCGCAUACGUGAUAUAAUAUAUGACUGUUACGUGCUAACUGCACGGCUAAUCUACCUCGUUUUGUUGCAAGUACAAUUAUUAUUAUUAAUAUUACACUCUAUUUAUUGUAACGUAUAAUAAAAUUAAUAUAAGUAAAAAAUGAAGUACUAUGUGUAAUGUUUUAUUUUAAAGAAUUUUCACGCUGUGCGCUAUUCUUAAUAAUUAAACACCAUGUUGAUUAAAAAUAUUUUAAUGCAAA